AUGGAUUGGUACGCUAGAGUGUCUCAUUUUUUCAUCAUACCGAAUGAGAGGAGGAUUGAUCUCAGUGUCGUGGCUGCUUUGCGUAGGGCUUUAGAAGUCCUUGAGCUGUCACUUGAGGUGGGUGAUGCUUUGCUGCCAGGCACACAGGCCCGCGCUUUAACGGAGAAAGCACUUCGCAUCCUCCAGGACUUGGCUGGGACACAGGGCAUUGCUUACGCUGCUGGGAGAGGAGGUCUGGGAGCAGGUGGCCGAGCAGGUGGCCGAGCAGGUGGCCGGGAGGGCGGCAGGGCAGGAGCUAGGGGAGGCCGUAGGGGUAGGGGAGGUCGUCGGGGUAGGGGACAGUAG